AGUCAACUUUACAAUCUACUUAGAUACUAACUGGUACUAAGUAGUAGCUGAACGAUUUGGCUCUUGCAAAAUAAUGCAAUGAUGAAUAUCCAGUUUUCACUUAGAAUUGGUUAUAGAUAAGCACUAAGUGGAUUAAGUAAUUUUAUGCCGAUAGCUUAUAUUUCAAAUUUUCCAAGACAAUGCUAGAAGUAAUUUACUGAAGAGGUGAUAAGAAUUUUAGGGUGCUUUCAAGACUUAAGGAAAAUGAGGUUUUAGAAAAGAGAAGGAAACAUUUUUGGAGUCUGGUAAAUAGUGGCGUGACAGUUACAACUUACAACAUACUAACGAAAAGGUCAAUGCAGUGAAGAAAAAAGGGAUGGAACAAGUGAAAACAGUUCUUCUAUGGAAAAAAUACUUGGAGAAUGUAUUAGAAACAAUACGUAAAUGUAGCUAAUGUUCUAUCUGACUGCUGUAGUACAGAGAACUGCUGUUAUCGUCUUAAGAAGAUAGAAUUCUACCAUAAUUCCACAGCAUAACUUGAUAUAACCAAGCCCAGAUGUCGUUUUCAUCAUAAAUGCCGCCAAUAUAAGUUCAAAACUAGUUUUCUCUUAUACAAUUUUAUUCAGUUCGAUUUCCAGAUAUAGAUGGCAAAGUGAUCGCUAGCUGGAGCUUAAAUUUCUCUCCCUGCUAUUCUAUAUUUAAAUGUGACUAGAAGUGGAGGUUAUUUACUAUUACUCAAAAUACUGAAAAUUUAUAUAGCAGAGUAAUUUGAAAUUCGAACUGUUAUCAUAAUCAAUGGAUGUUAGUACUGGACGAAUAUUACCAAUGAAUGUUGCCAAGGAACAGGUAGUCCAGUAACGGUUAUUUUUUAACGCGUCUGGUUACUGACAGUGGUUAGUGACAGUAUGGUGACAGUUUUGUACGUAAACGGGGGUUGAGGAUAGAUUAGUUGUGAGUUAUUUGUUCGAUUUUGACACGGCCAUUGUGCUUAGGUGAUUAUUUUUUUAAUAAUUAUCUUUUAAUAGUACUAGCAAAUUGAUGGUGACAGUUUCAUGACAAUUUAGAAGAUGUCGUCCCCCAGUGCUGGUAAAAGACGUAUGGACACUGAUGUUAUCAAACUCAUUGAGAGUAAACAUGAGGUAACUAUCCUUGGUGGACUUAAUGAAUUUUGCGUGAAAUUUUAUGGUCCUAGAGGAACUCCUUAUGAAGGAGGUGUUUGGAAGGUAAGGGUACAUUUACCUGAUCACUACCCCUUUAAAUCACCAAGCAUUGGUUUUAUGAAUAGAGUUUAUCACCCAAACAUAGAUGAAGUUUCUGGUACAGUCUGCCUGGAUGUUAUAAAUCAAGCAUGGACAGCUUUAUAUGAUCUAUCAAAUAUAUUCGAAUCAUUUCUUCCACAACUAUUAACAUACCCAAACCCAAUAGAUCCUUUAAAUGGGGAUGCAGCUGCCAUGUACCUUCACAAACCAGAAGAAUAUAAGAGGAAAGUUUCUGAAUACGUAAGAAAAUACGCCACAGAAGAAGCUUUGCGGGGCCAAGAGAACGUUAGUUCAGAAAGCGAAUCAAGUAUGUCAGACUUUUCUGAGAAUGAAGCUGAGGAUAUGGAGUUAUAACGCAGGCUGUCUCUCAUUUUCAAUAAAAGCUCGCUCAAUUCAACUUCCUCUUAUUUAGGUGACAAUGACGAUUCAAAAUAUGUGAUGUGCUUAAAAAGUUAUUUAUAUAAUCUUGGUUGCUUUACGUUUUCAUAGUUUAUUUUAUUCAGUGGCGAAGCCUUCGUCAAAUGUUCUCAGGUUAGAGUUUAUCUAUUAUUCUCACAUAUUGUUCAGUUAUUUGCUGUAUACAGACAUCUUUAAAAUAUGAAUUGAGAAGAUAAUCAUAUCAUAAUCUUAUUAAAGGAGACUAUUUUUUUAAUUUGAAUUCAAAUAUCUGUAUACAGGUGGUAAUUUGUAAGAAUGAAAUAGAAUAACAAAACAAAAAUGGUUAUUCGACAUAUUUAUAUUUCAGAAAUGUGAUGUUUUUAACAAUUACCUCAUUAAAAAAUAACUAAAAAACUCUUGAACGGCUAUGUUACUGAAUUUAUAGUCCAGUGCUAAUCAAGUUUUAGUAGCAGUCAUAUAUUCAAUAUGUUUAUCCAAUUAUGUUUCAAGAAAUUUCAUGUAUCAUAUUUGGUGUGAUAGAAGUUCACAUUUUAAUAAACAGGUGUCUACUUCAAAAUUAUGUCAUUAAUUAUUGAAUACAUUUUUAGUUUCACAUUGUCAUGAUAAUAUAUGCAAUGAAAAUUAUAACUAUUCUCACAAUGACAGAGUUAUUUGGAAAGUAAACUUGAGUUUGCUUGUAUAUACUUAAGAUUAAUUAAAUAUAGAUAUACUAUAACAUUGUUGUUGUAUAACGUAAUAUUACUAAAUUGUUCAUUUUUUAAAGUUACAUUCAGUCAUUUGCAGAACGACGUUAGUCACAGUCACACAACGUUAAUUGUUUUUUUUGUUUUUCCGAAAAAUGUUAUAGAACAAAUAAUAGUAAUGAUAUUAUUAUUCAAAAAGAGUUAACAAUUAGAAAUAUUAUGGAAUUAAUAAGAAUUGAGAAAACAAUUAUAACGAUAUCUCAAUGAUUAUUUCAAAGUUCAUCUCAAGAAUCAUAUAACUAUAACUUCAUUUAUAUCUUAUCAUCAACAGUCAUUUGCCUUGACAUAAUAAAAUUUCUCAUAAUCAGGCAAUAAUGUACUUUCAACUGAUGAAAAAUGCAAUGUUAUUCUUACUAGUGUAAUCAUGAAUUAUAUGCAUAUUGAUAAUAUACAAGAUGUUUCAGAAUUGUGUAAAUUAAUUCCUAGAGUAUAUUCGAAAAUAAGGAUACAAAUUAAUUAAAAACGAAUAAUAUGAACUCAAUUUACUCUCUUGAAGGGUUGUAUCUCCCUUUGUAUUAUUGUAUAUUAAAAAGUGUCUUUACACCUUGAGCGUUAAUAGAUUCACAAAAAGUUUGAUAGGAAAGGUUCGAUUGAAAAUGUAUUCUAAUUUUAACCAGACAUAGUGACCCAUUUCUUUAUACAUUAAAAACAGAAACCCCAGUUACAUGAAGAAAAUUCUUUAAAAUAAAACGCAAUAAGAUUAAAUUUCAUAAACAUUUGUCAGCAUUUAUAUUAUUAUAAAUAAGAUUGUUGUAAAUAACUUUUAAGAAUGAAUAAAUUUUUAAAAAUAAUUUUCGAGUACCGAAAAAUAUAAUUCCCCCACAUAUUUUUAAUGCUUUUUUAUACCCUGUUAACUUACUACUAAAUACUUUUUAUUGUGAAAAUUAUCAUAAAACAUGAAACAUAAAAUAUGGAAAAGUUAGUGAAGGGAAAUAUAAAUUUAAUUUAAUAAUUAAUAUUUUAUUCAAUUACGAUGUUGAAAAUAUCGAAAUAUCGUUAAUUUAGAUACAUCACACUAGUGGUAUUGCACAAUCUUGACAUCACCAUAUUUCACUAAAAUUAUUACAAGCAACUUUCCUAAUUACAGAGAUGAUCAAGUAUUAAAAGAUCAACGUUUUCCCAUUACUAGUUGAGGUCAAUGGUCAUUUGGUCAACUGCUUUUAUGGCGACAUGACGUACUUGCAUCAUUUUGCAUUUAUGUCCUUGAUACAUGCAACUUCUUGAUAAAAACAUAUAUAUCCAAAUUAUUUUGUAACUAUGCAAAACCUACGGCAUUAUUAAAAAAAUGUUUGUACAAAUGGAUAAUUUUCCUUAGGCCAAAUACUAAUUCAAAUUAAAAACUUCAUUAUUUCGAAAGUUAUUGCAUUAAGUGCAAUUGAUAAUUUUACAGCUUUAAUUAAAAGCAGACUAGAGACAGAAAUAGUCCGGGAGCCAGCGUCCUUUUCAGAGUGGUCAUUUCACCAGGGCUGAAUAUCUAGCUUUCUAUUUAGUGGGAUGAAAGUGUCCAGCUGAUGCAUUCAAAGAUACAACGCGCCCGAGCACAUGCCGAUGCGCAGCAUCUUUGACUGCAUCGGCUGGACAAUUUUCCCCCACUAAAUAUGAAGCUGGAUGUUUUUUUCGUUUAAAUUAUUAACUUAACUACAAACUUAUCAAAUUUCAGCUUUUGCGGUAUCAGUUUACUCAGUGCGCAUUUUUCACUUCUUUACGUGGAAAGCUGGGGCAUAAAAUCCCACUCUACAUUCGGCUGGAUACGUUUUUUCUUUAAUUUGUAACAUGAUGUAAAAGUUAACAAAGUUUCAGCUUUUGCGGUAUAAGUUUUUUUUAAUUAUUAUUUUACAUUUGUGGGAGGCUGCCGCAGUUUCACCCCCCGGAAGUGCGCGAGCUGGAGGUCCAUUUGUUUAAUAGUGAUACCAAAUAAAGCUUAGGACAAGUUUUCAGCUUUUGUGGUUUUGGUCAUCAAAAACGGUCGCUGGCUUCCGGACUAAAAGUAAUGGUAUCAAUUGUUUUGCUCUUGAAUGACAGAUGAGCUUUGGCCCUAAUUUACAAAAAAGUAAGUAAUUCUAUGACAAAAUUUAUGAUUAUAGUCUUGAGGCAACUUCAUAUUAACAUACCGUUAACAUGUUCUCCCUACCUUUUUGAAUGAAUAUAAACUUGAUAUUUUGAAAACGUAGACCUCUAGGAGAAUUCUUAAAGAAAACUUGAUUAUUCAGAAAUUCUCUUUUCAUAUAGGUAUAACAAUUGUUGGGGACAUCACAGAAUGCUAAAUAAUAGGAAAGUAAAAUAUGGAACUCGUUAAAAGUAGAAGAGAUAGAGGAAAGUAUUUUUUCUCAUAUAUUAAAGGCAGAUCAAUCGGUAGCUGUGAGUUUAUGAUUUUUCCCUCACUUCUUAUGAACCACAUAUUUUCAAUUGUAUUAAUUUGUAUAAUAUGUGGUUAAUACUAUGUGUUUAUCAAGAUUUUUGUCAAAAAUUAUAUUAAAUGAAUAACUUUCCAUAUAAUAAUGCCGAAAAAAUUACAGAUAUCAGAUAUUUCAAUUCAGAGAAUUAUAAUAAAAAAGACAUUUGGAACAGAAUUGUAUGUAGAAUAUGUCAGCAUUUUUAUUGUUUCAUAAAUUCUUUAGACAGGAAAACUUUGAUUAACCAAACUUUUUCCAUAAAAAUUAAGCUAAUUUAUCUACUAAAUAAAGUUAGAUUAUCAUAAAAGGUACAAAACUUUUAAAGAUAUAACAAUUCUUCCUAUGUUCCGGUUAUUUUAUUAAAUAAUAUGAACCAAUUCUUUUUUCCCCAUUUCAAAUUGAUUCCGGGUCCUGUUUUAUCAAUAUUUUAAUUAGUUGCAAUUCAAUGAAUUUCCUCCCUACUUUUUCAUUUUUUAGUUAUCUUUUUAUUAUCGCUUCACCUGGUAAUAAUUAAUUUUGUUUUAAUCAUAUUAUCUUCAAUGGUCCAUAUAUUUAUUAGGUAUUGCCUUUUGCUUCUUGAUUUGGCUAUAAAAACCAAUACUUAUUCUAUUCUAUACAUGUUUUACAGAAUGUUUUUCAUUAUAAAUUCUAGUUUUUAUUCAUGGUAAUUUAUAUAUACCUUCAUUAGUACCAGCAUAAAGGUGUUAUCAGAAUAUGAAUAAAAUUUACUAAAAUAAUUUUUUUGGACUAUAUAAAAAUCAAAAUUACUUUUUUAAAUACAAAUUAUUUUAAUUAAAAGUUAAUAUGAAAUUUCUGUGUGUACACUAAAAAUCCUUGUAUACCUAAUUAUUAUUUUAAAUUAUGAAAAAUAGAUUGACAGAGCAAAAAUAUUUAUAAACUUUAUGUUGAAUGUAAACUAUUUUGUAUUAAAAUUAAGUUCUUAUAAGUUGAAUGCUUAUGCAAAAAUACGAAAAACUGAGAAAGGAAAUAAAUACAUGAGCUUGUGUUUGUAACAUGCAACCUCUGUUGCAGAUUUGUAAAAUACUAUUAUUUAAGUCAUUUUUGUGAUUUAACAUAAUUGUAGCCUGAAACUGAUAAAUGAAAAAAAAUCGAUUGAUUGUUGCUUCCUAAUGCAUCUAAGUAUUUCUAAUAUGUCUAAAUGCAAUAAUGUGUGCCUCCAGUGCAACAUACUUUUAACAGUAUCAUUUUAUUUCAAGGAGUAACAAAAUUUAUUGACAAUCUGAAACUUCUAAAUGUUAUCAUAAAUCUAAUAUGAAAGCUACAUAAGAUACAUCAUUACUAGUUCAAUAAAUUUCGUAACUUAUGCUAUCUUUAAUCGUGUCCCAAUUCCAAAAUCUAUCUGUUUAGUUUUGAAGUCAUAAAUUUGAAAAAAUUGAACAAAAAAAGUAACUAAUUAUUCUAAAGUAACUAAUAUAGAAGCAAUUUACUAAGUGUAAGUAAACACCAAGCAUAAAUGUAUUCUGCAUAGUUUUUUGUCUUGUGUAUGAUCGUCUAUUAAUAGGCCAAGCAUGUUAUAAAGUGAAUCCAAUAUUAUUUAUUGAGUGGAUCGUGAAUUAAAAAUUGCUGUAAUUAGAAAAAUGUUAUAGAACUCUCAAUACUUGUUUGGCUCUAAAUACAAACGGAGAACAACCAUAACGUUCUACAAAGGUAUCCAUAAAUAAAAGACUUGUGUUUAAAAAAAUUUGUAGUUAGAGCAUAAAAAAACUUUAUUUAAAAGACCAAUCUGAACUUUUUAAAUAUUUUGAAAAGGUUUAAUUUCCAGUUAAUAUUGAUAAAUUGUUGAUUACUAUCGUGUUCAUUGGUGAUUUUGUUUAGAACGACAUGUAUCUGAAGUUAAUUAAUUUAUUGAAGAACAAUAUUUUUGUGAUAAACAUUUUCUCCAUUUGUAUGAAAUGUUUCGAAACACAUUAUAUCUAAAAAUAUUUUCUUUAUAUGUCCAAUAUAUAAACAUUAAUUUUAAUAUAUCAAAAAAUACUUUAUACUAUAUUAUUUUUUAGUGGCCAAUUAAUGUGAUAGGCAAAUUUGGAUUCAUUCUUUAUAUUUUCUUAAUUGGUAUAUGAAUUAAUUUACACAUGAAAGGGAAAUUCACUCAUUACUGCCAAUACUAAUGACAACCUGAACAUAUUGCUUGGUACAAUUAGUUUUAUGUAUAUUAUACAGUUGCCUUACUGAGCGAGUUUAAAUAUAUUUAUUUUUAGUUUAAUUGGAAAAUGAUCGCCACUAUAUGCUGUAAAUCUUUCAAAAGUUUUUUAAUUGUACCUUACCAAAAAUAAAAAUCUAGAAUAUCUAAGCGCUUGAAACAAAACACAUACCAAAGAUGUUCCACACUUGUUAUUAAUAAUUUCAGUAUAUCUAUUGAUAGUAUAUUGACUCUCUUAACUUCACAACCUUCUUCCCUGCAUUAUCGAAUCAUCACUUAUCCCUCUAUUGAUAGAUUUUUUGAAAAGUUAACAUCGUAAUUUAUGAUGUUUCAUUUAAACAAUCUUCACCGUAUCCCUGGAAUAUAAAAUCUUUAAAUUGUCUUCCAAGUAUUAAUAUUUGAGUGCUUUCUACUAUAACUCUUAUGAGAUGUAGAUGCUCCUCAUCUCUUCUAUCUUACUCUCAGUACUUGUAUGACAAAAAUUAUCAAAUGUGUUUCAUCAGAAAAGUGUCCGUGACUAUGAAAAAUAAAAUAUGCUAAAUCUUUUGUUGUAGUAUAAAUUUAGAGGAUCAUUUAAUAAACUUUUGUAAGGUAUUAAGCGACAAUGAGUUGUACCCUUAGAUUUUUAGUGCAAUAGAUUUAUAAAUUAUAGAAUUUUUUAUAAAAAUUGAUACUUCAUUUUGUUAACUGAGGUUUCAUUUACUUAGAUACUGUACAUAUAUUAAUAUUUAUAAUUAUUUACAUAUACCGUCGUCAAAACUUUAAGAUGUAUUUUUUUUAGAGUAAUACGUGUACUAAGAAUUUUUUCAUAUUUUAGUGUCGUAUAGUAGAUGUAAGUGCGUUUCUCAUCUUCGGACAGUUUAUAAACGUGUCUUACUAGUUAUCUAAGUUAUGAAAGUUAACCUGCUGCACAAUAACAUUAACAGUUUUUAAAAAAUGUGCUAACCAUUUUUACGUUUGUUCGACUUAAUCUAUUCCAAGAAUUAAAUUGCAAAUCUUUGCAAAACAUCAAAAAAUUAGUCUAAACCACAAUUAUACCUAUCCUUGUGUUUUUCAAACCCAAUUUAACCAAAUUUUGAAUUCUUCUAGUUGAAAAUUUCACAGCCGCUCUUAGAGAUACAUAACGACUUCAUAAAUUAAUCUAUAUAAUUUUAAGGAUCUUCACAUUUUUUUACUUUUCUAGAAUAUUUUCAUCAGAUAUUGAACAAACAUAUAUCACAGCUAUAAGCCCGUCUACUUUAAGAAUUGAAUACUGUUUUACUGUAGCUAGUUCUAAUUAAAUUUGUAUCCUUCAAUUACUAUUAUCAAAAAAUAAAUCUUACAAUGACAUUUAAGGUAUCUAACCUUGUUCAGCUGGGCAGUACCACUGCCUGCAAAUAGAAUAAAUACCUCUUUAUAGUGACUCAUUGGCCAAGAUUUUAUACUCCUUAAGUAUUUUAUAGGCCAAAAUAAGUCAUAUUUGGCAGUGAUUUUUUUUGCUUCUGCCCCUUAGUCAACUUGUUAACCCCUGGCUUAUUGCCAAGCAUAAUCAUCUAACAGUAUAUCUGGAUGUCUUCUUUUAUAUUAACUCUCCUAAUCAAAAUUAUGUAAUAAAAAAAGGGACUGAUUAAUUUCCAACUGAAAUUUGUAUAAUUUUAUAUAAUGUGUACUGAAACACAAUAUCAAAAUUUCUUGGAUAGGUAUCGUUUUAAGUUGUAAAAUUGGUUGAUAUAAUUUUCGUAAAACUGAAAGUUAAGAAUAUUUAUGGUGAAAAAAUAAUGAGAAUUAAUAAUAUUCAUUGACCAUUUUCAAAUACAUCACGGUUUCUAUUUUUAAUGAAUAAUGAACUUUUAAAUGUAGAUCAUUUGGUAGCGUUCAACAAUAAUAAAGAACUACAUUUAUU